CUCUCUUUCUUCUCUUCUCGAAUGAAAUCUCCCAUUCGCUUUUAUCCUCUUUCCCCCUCUAAUUGGCGUCCAUUUUCAUUAGAGUAUAUCGGCACAUCUUCAUACUUCUUCGUAUAUCGCCAUUUUCGUCUGCAGAAAGACUUCGAUUGCCUUACCGGUUGCUGGUUCAUCCUAUUCUUUCUUCACUCUAUAUCAAUCCAUUUAGCGUUCUGUUGCCGUUAUCAGUUUUUCUUUUUAUGAGCCAAUCGAUCACCAAAGCUGGUAUACCGGAGCUGCGAGUAUAGGAAAUGGCUUCCGGUAUGGACGAAUCGAGACCACCCACUGCGGCACCGAUCGACAUCGAACAGCUACCGGCACGAGAUGGGGAUGAAGAAAAAUCCGUGGGUCAUGGUUCGCCGGCGGUCGAGGGCAAAGAGCACGACGACGAGUUGAUUGAUCCAGGUCCUACCGUGGUGCCGAGAUUGCAACGUCGAGGGCUCUUUGGACAAUUUACUCUGCUGGCAGAGGUCGAGAACCCCAAACUUUACCCUCGGAAGACCAAAUGGUUCAUCACGUUCAUCGUUGCGGUGGCAGGUGCUACGGCUCCCAUGGGAAGCUCCAUAUUCUUUCCCUCUCUGGCCCGAGUGACGAAGGAAAUGCAUACCACAACCACCAUUACCAAUUUGUCCAUCUCGUUGUACAUGCUUAGCAUGUCCAUAUUUCCGCUAUGGUGGUCUUCGUUCAGUGAGAGACUUGGGCGACGGACAAUUUACAUCGUUUCAUUCUGUCUCUUCGUUGUUUUCAACGUCCUUUGCGCCAUCUCUCACAACAUUGUGAUGCUCAUCGUCAUGCGAAUGCUCAGUGGUGGCGCCUCAGCAUCAGUCCAAGCAGUCGGCGCAGGAACGAUCGCUGAUCUUUGGGACACGCAUGAAAGAGGUCGAGCAAUGACUACUUUCUAUCUUGGUCCGUUGUGCGGUCCCUUGAUUGCUCCCAUUGUCGGUGGUGCCUUGGCACAACGGUGGAAUUGGAGAAGUACGCUAUGGUUCCUUGCCGCUUACGGUGGCUUGGUCGCUGCGUUUAUUUUCCUUGCACUGCCUGAGACGUUAGCAAAGCGAAAAGCUCCGGCCAUGGUCGAGAACAUUGAGCAGUCAGUGCCAAUGGAACGCCGGUUGAGCCGAGCUUCUUCCAGACAGGUUGUUCAAUUCACGACAAAGUGGCUGAAGAUGUUGAAAAUGGUGUUCUUGGAUCCACUGAAGAUUGUUCUUUACUUACGAUACCCCCCGGUUCUCUUGACAGUGUACUAUGCGAGCAUCACAUUUGGGUCUCUCUAUGUGUUGAACGUCAGCAUCGAGCACACGUUUGGAUAUGCCCCUUACGAAUUCCCUACGAUUAUUGUCGGUCUUCUCUACAUUCCUAACUCGCUUGGCUAUGUCGUCGCGAGUACAUUUUCAGGACGGUGGAUGGACAGCAUCAUGCAACGCGAGGCCAGAAAGGCCAAUCGAUAUGACGAGAACGGCAAGUUGAUUUAUCGGCCCGAAGAUCGUAUGCGCGAAAAUGCCUGGCUCGGUGCUCUCAUCUAUCCUGCCGGCUUGAUCUGGUAUGGAUGGACCGCUGGCAAGGGUGUCUUCUGGCUUGCUCCAAUGAUUGCCAAUUUCUUCUUCGGUGUCGGGUCCAUGAUUAUCUUCGGCAUGGCAACCACGAUGUUGACGGAGUUUAUGCCACAGAACGCGUCUGCGGGCGUUGCGCUAAACAAUUUCAUGCGGAACAUCUUUUCGUGCGUCGGAUCCUUGGUCACUGCACCGAUCAUAGAUGCCAUCGGCAACGGCUGGCUCUUUACGAUCCUGGGCCUGGUUGCAUUUGCCAGCAGUUCAACCCUCUUCACCAUGAGAGUCUUUGGUCCCCGCUGGAGAAAGUCUAUGGAUGCUCUCACGCAAUGAGUUUUCCUGUCCUUGUACAAUUGUCGUGGGAACCUUAUUGUGGUACCGAUUCGACCUUUCUUGGAUGGAUUUUAGUGAUUGGUUUAGACUGGGAUGAGUAUCAGACGGUCGAAAAAGCGAUGCAAAUAAAUCCAAACAGAAAAAGAAAAGGAACGACCACGAGCUAACGAAUAUCAUGUUGCGCAUAGCGGUCAUGCCGGUUACUGUCAUUUCUGUUAGCGUUUUGGGCGGCGUUUUCCUUGUUUUUUUGUCUGCAUAUCAUCUUGGGCGCUAUUCGGGUUUCGUUGCAUGCUUUAUGAUCAAUUGAAAAAGCAGGUGCCGGUGGCGAUUUGAACCAUCGAGGUAAUGUCAUUGAGCGUUUAGUUUUCGGUUGUCUGCAGGUUUUGGCAUGUGGCUUGAGGAUACCCAACGCGAUGAGCUGGUUAUUUUUAGUUAUAAUAAUGCAAAAUGAAUGAGACUAGUUUGCCGAG